GAAAUUGGUGGGGGAGAUUGGUUCCAAUGGGCCUAAACAAAACCACUGGCUAGGCGAAGACGGAACGGUUCGAAAGUUUCUUGACCCAAAAACAAAAGAUGGGAGCAGAAGUUUCUAGAUUCUCCUUUCCAUUCUGAAAUUCUAGCCAAAACUACUGGCUGGACGAAGACGGAAUGGUUCGAAAGUUUCUUGACCCAGAAGACAGAAAACAAAACAUUGGGUAGCAGAUUCUCCUUUCCAUUCUCAAUACCACUCUAGUCUACCACUACUACCGUACUAGCAGUAGUAUAUCAGUAAGUAGUGGGUGUACGUAAUUGGCGCACUCUUUUUAUUAGUGAAGUUUAAAACCUCCAUCACCAUCACCAUCACCUAAACCGCGGACGGUAGAGUGAAGCUGUUAUAAGUCUCCCAUCUCAUCCAUCAGUGUGUAUGUUUGCUUUAUCGUCAUCGUCUCUCCCAACUCUCAUUCAAUUCGAGCUUCCUAGUUACAGAUUCAAUCAUCGCCCGGAAUAGCAAGUAGUACUAAUAGUAACUAGUAUUACAGUAGGUAUGGCGACGAAGAAGAGCGUGGGGUCACUCAAGGAAGCUGAUCUCAAGGGGAAGAAGGUUUUUGUGAGGGUGGAUCUCAACGUUCCUUUGGACGACAACUUCAACAUCACCGACGACACCAGAAUCCGAGCCGCUGUCCCCACCAUCAACUACUUGAUCGGCUGCUCCGCUAAAAUCAUCCUCGCUUCUCACCUGGGACGUCCAAAAGGUGUCACGCCAAAAUACAGCUUGAAGCCUCUUGUUCCCAGACUCUCUGAACUCCUUGGGGUGGAGGUCAUUAUCGCAAACGAUUGUAUUGGUGAAGAAGUAGAGAAAUUGGUGGCUUCCUUGCCAGAAGGUGGAGUUUUGCUCCUGGAGAAUGUCAGAUUCCACAAAGAAGAGGAGAAGAAUGAUCCUGAAUUUGCAAAGAAGCUGGCUUCUCUUGCAGACUUGUAUGUCAAUGAUGCUUUUGGAACUGCACAUAGAGCCCAUGCUUCCACCGAAGGGGUAGCCCAGUAUUUGAAGCCUGCGGUUGCUGGAUUUCUGAUGCAGAAGGAGCUUGAUUAUCUCGUGGGAGCUGUGGCAAAUCCCAAGAAACCAUUUGCUGCAAUCGUUGGUGGUGCAAAGGUUUCAACCAAGAUUGGUGUAAUCGAGUCACUGUUGGCUAAGGUUGACAUCCUCUUACUGGGUGGUGGAAUGAUCUUUACAUUCUACAAGGCCCAAGGGCACUCUGUUGGAUCCUCGCUUGUGGAGGAGGACAGGCUUGAUCUCGCCCUAUCCCUCAUUGAGAAGGCCAAGGCCAAAGGAGUUUCCCUGUUGCUUCCCACUGAUGUAGUUGCGGCUGACAAGUUUGCUCCUGAUGCAAACAGCAAGGUUGUUCCAGCUUCCGGAAUUCCUGAUGGUUGGAUGGGAUUGGAUAUUGGACCUGAUGCUAUCAAGUCAUUUAGUGAAGCUUUAGAUGCCACUAAAACCAUUAUUUGGAAUGGACCAAUGGGGGUUUUCGAGUAUGACAAAUUUGCCACAGGAACAGAGGCUAUUGCGAAAAAAUUGGCUGAGCUUAGCGGGAAUGGAGUGACAGCAAUCAUUGGAGGUGGUGAUUCUGUUGCUGCUGUGGAGAAGGUGGGGCUUGCAGACAAGAUGAGCCAUAUUUCAACAGGUGGCGGUGCAAGCUUGGAACUUCUUGAAGGGAAAUCUCUCCCUGGAGCACUUGCCCUUGAUGAUGCUUAGAAGAGCUUUUUUUUUUUUUUUUUUUUGGCAAUUUGCCUACCUCAGAUAUUCGCUGCAUAUCUUGCUUUGCCCCUGAGCGGAUUAGAUCUUGAAAAAUAGCUGGCUGUGUAAUACGUAGAUGAGACUUGGAAAUAAAUUUUGCCCGUUGUUAUGCAUUACUUUGUGCUAAUGUUGGUUGGUUCUGAAA